GACGACAUUCCCCAAAGCCAGCACUCACAAAGAGCAAAAAAAAAAAAAAAAUCACCACCCUGCAACUGCAAUAAUGGCCCAGACUAGCAUGAGGAUGGUGGCGCUGGCCCUGGUGGCCCUCCUGGUGGUGGCGGCGGCGUCGGUGCCCGCCGCCACCGCGUACGGCUGCUACGACGACUGCUACGAGCGCUGCGCCAACGGGAAGGACGACCCCGCCUGCACCAAGAUGUGCAACCAGGCGUGCGGCACCACGGAACAGGGCAAGCCCGCUGCUGCCGCCGGCGGCUUCCCGGCUUGAUCUCCCACGCAUUAUUUCAUCGGUUCAUCAGCUCCAUAAUAUAUAUGUAGUAUAAUCCCUGCUCCGUCAGCCCACAUUUGAUUUUAUCUUCCUCCUUUGAUUUCUCGACCCCAUUGAUUUUUUCUUCCCCCUCUUCUUCUUCUACUAUACUAUCAGUUUAUUAUUCUUGUGUUCAUGUCUCUGAUAUAUGAUUCGUUUUGUAAUUCCUGCAAUUUGCAAGUGAAAUGGCCUCUAUGAUUCAAGUUUC